UUAUAUUAUACUGAAGCAGGGCCCGGCCCCUAACGAAACAGUUCCACAAGACUCGUGAAGUGACAGAUUUUCUUAUUUCACCACUGAUAAGGUCUAUUUUCUAUAAAUUCGAACACAAUGGCAGACGAUGAAUUGGAGGCUAUCAGGCGGCAACGCAUGGCCGAACUGCAGUCAAAACAUGGGGACUCCUCAAAUGACCAGCAAGGGCAACAGGAGGCCAAACAGAGGGAAACAGAGAUGAGGAACUCCAUGCUGGCUCAGGUUCUAGACCAGUUCGCCCGCGCCAGAUUGAGUAACUUGGCUCUGGUGAAGCCAGAGAAGGCCAAAGCAGUGGAGAAUUACCUCAUACAGAUGGCCCGCAUGGGCCAGCUGGGAGGAAAGAUUUCAGAGACUGGUUUGAUCGACAUCCUAGAAAAAGUUAGUCAGCAAACAGAAAAAAAGACAACUGUCAAGUUCAACCGACGAAAGGUGAUGGACUCAGAUGAUGAGGAUGAUGAUUGAUGCGUUGAAGGAGCUCAGGAGCCAGUCACACGGCUGGCUUAGGGCGGGAUUCAGGACUGGAUAGGUUGGAGCAGGGCUCUGCUCGUUGGCGGCCAUCUUUGACUUGCCAAAUGCCCUGCAUUAGUGAUGCACCCAGGGAUAUCACAUCACCCCCUGUGUGCAUCUGGAACUCGUUACUAUAUUCUCUCUUAUAUCCAUUUUCACCACGUUUUACUUUUUCUCCACAACAAGAAGCAGAACAAAAUUCAACUUAGGGUAUAUUGCUGCUGAUGCAUUUUUCUAGAGACUGCUUUUUGAAUACUGUCUGCUGCUACUCAGUAAAUAGUGAAACCAUCAAAUUGGACAGAGCACAUGGGUAUAUUCAUUCUUUUUUGUAAAUUUUUGCUGACCUGUAUCCAACAGUUUACAUUUUGAAAAAAUACAAAAGCCUUACAUUUGAAUGCUUAUUCCAUAAAUUAUCAACAGUUUUAUCAUGAUGAUAUUUUGUCUUUGAGCUGAGUGCUUGAAGACUCAUUGAUUGGUCAUARGGGUUUGCACUACAUUUGCUUUCAUUAAAAAAGUAUAAUCACUUAAGAGCAAUGGCGUAAGAAAAAUAUAGUUUGUAUUAAAAUGUAGUCAAUCUUUUUUACAAGGCAUCCUAGAUAGUGUCUUAGGCUAUCCUAAUGUAUAGGCUGACAUUACAUAGUUGCUUUGACUCACUAGGUUCAAAUACUCUAUGCUGAAAUGUAUGCAGUAUGUGCAUUAAGAGGCUUAGACAUGUAUUUGUAGCAGGAUUUGUUAAAUUAUCUCAAUCGUUGGUCUAUAACAGCACUUGAAGAACUUCCUGCUUCACUCAUAUUGAACAGGUGUAUGGUGAGACCACAGAUAUAUGAAUGGUUGAUUCUAUUGUACACCUGCCACAGGUAAUACUCAAUAUCUGACAGUACAUUGAUGUUCUUACAAGCAUGAUGUUACUGAAUAUUUGGAGAUAAGUUCAUGGGAGAUUUGGUUUCAUGUUCAUAGUGUUCACCCCAAUAAAUCAAUGUCAGCAUUGAUAAAGCAGA